AUGGCGUCCCGUUCAUUAACCCAAGCCAAUUGCUUGCGAACCGCCGCGGCGAGCCUGCGGGCCGUCCCUCAAGUCUCGACCAGAUGGAGCUCGAAUAGCACCGCGACGUCCGCCAUUGCCUACAAGGCUCUGCGUCGCCGCCAAGCGCCGCUACCUACCGAGGGCACGCCGUCAUCGUGGUCCGCUCAGGCAGCCGUCUCGAACAUCCUCUACGAAACCCCGACUCCCUCCAUGACCCCGCCGAAACGCCAUGUCCUCAACUGCCUGGUACAGAACGAGCCGGGUGUGCUGUCCCGCGUAUCUGGUAUUCUGGCCGCUCGUGGCUUCAACAUCGACUCGCUGGUCGUAUGUAACACAGAGGUGGAUGACCUGUCGCGUAUGACAAUCGUCCUUACUGGUCAGGAUGGCGUGGUUGAACAAGCUCGUCGGCAAUUGGAGGAUCUGGUCCCCGUGUGGGCUGUACUCGAUUACACCAACGCGGCACUUGUUCAGCGUGAGCUGCUGCUGGCCAAAAUCAACAUUCUGGGGCCUGAAUACUUCGAGGAGCUGUUGGCCCACCACCGCGAGAUGACAACUGACUUCGAAAACGACAUCGAAAACGGCGAACAGACACUGGGCGAUAUAUCCGAGGACUUCCAUCCUAGCAAGUUGGUUGCCAGUCAAGCCCUGCGACACAAGCACGAACACCUCAAAUCAAUAACGUACUUCGCACAUCAGUUCGGUGGAAAAGUUCUGGACAUCAGCACAACAAGCUGCAUCGUUGAGGUAUCUGCUAAGCCAGUGAGGAUCGACUCAUUCAUGAAACUGAUAGCACCGUUCGGAAUCCUGGAAUCCACCCGUACUGGUCUCAUGGCACUGCCUCGGUCUCCCCUGUAUGGACCCGACGAGGAGGCACUCGUCAAGGAGGCGGAUGAAGUUGUCGAUGCGAGCCAGUUGCCGCCUGGCUAA